CAACGGUUCACGUGCUCGAUGGACUACAAACUCUGAGAAGCACGUGUAUGGCAAGCAUGGAUGCUAAAGAGAAUAGCUCAACGGAUGCUGUAAAAAGUACCAUGAAAGCCAGCCUGGAGGAGGGAGUCGUCCAGUCAAGUCUAGCGUCCACCGUGACUCUGCCAGCCCAGACCAUUCCAAACCCGGAGAAAAGCCAAGACCAGAACGUCAGAGAAACAUGGGACAAAAAAAUAGAAUUUCUACUAGCCGUGAUCGGGUUCGCUGUGGACCUGGGAAAUGUUUGGCGGUUCCCUUACAUAUGUUAUCGAAAUGGUGGAGGAGCGUUUUUAAUACCAUAUGUAAUCAUGUUAGUAUUUGGAGGACUUCCCCUAUUUUACCUGGAGUUAGCUCUGGGUCAGUACUACCGCAGUGGUUGCAUAACAAUCUGGAGCAAGUUGUGUCCGAUCAUGAAAGGGAUAGGCUACGCCAUCUGUGUUAUUGACCUAUAUAUGGCCAUGUAUUACAAUACCAUUAUCUGCUGGGCCGUUUACUAUCUGUUCUCGUCCUUCACAUCCGAGCUGCCAUGGACCAAGUGUGACAAUUCCUGGAACACAAACAACUGUCAAACCCUUGCGGAGAGGGCAGUCAACGUAUCCAACAUGUCGACAAGUCCAGCUCAGGAAUUCUUUGAACGCAACGUGCUACAGAUACAAAACGCGAAAGGAGUUGACUAUAUUGGACCAGUAAAAUGGUCUCUUGCACUGUGCCUAAUGGCUGUCUUCGUUUUAGUAUAUUUCUCAUUAUGGAAAGGCGUUAAAAGUUCUGGAAAGGCCGUCUGGUUUACUGCUACUAUGCCAUAUGUUGUCUUGUUUAUCCUGUUCUUUCGUGGUAUAACACUAGAUGGCGCUCUGGAUGGCAUCGUGUUUUAUCUUUCACCACAAUGGGACAAAUUGGCAAAAGCCGAGGUGUGGAUUGAUGCAGCGACUCAAAUCUUCUUUUCUCUUGGUCCAGGUUUUGGUACCCUACUUGCUCUGUCAAGUUAUAAUACUUUUCAUAAUAACUGUUACAGGGAUGCUAUAUUUACCAGCAGUAUCAACUGUGUUACAAGCUUCCUAGCUGGGUUUGUUAUUUUCUCAGUUUUAGGCUAUAUGGCCCACAUGUCGCAGAGAGACAUCCAGACCGUCGCUACUGAUGGGCCAGGCCUUGUAUUUGUGGUAUAUCCGGAAGCAAUAGCAACUAUGAAAGGUUCCGUGUUUUGGUCAAUCCUGUUCUUCAUCAUGUUAAUAACGUUGGGUCUAGACAGCACGUUUGGCGGUCUAGAAGCCAUGAUAACAGGACUGUGCGAUGAAUAUCCCACUGUACUACGUCGACAUCGAGAAAUAUUCGUUGGAGUUUUGAUUCUAUUUAUUUAUCUGUGUGCUCUACCAACUACAACAUACGGUGGUAGCUAUGUAGUAAACUUACUGGACUCCUACGGUACAUCGAUGUCCGUUUUGUUUGUCGUCUUUGUGGAGGCAGCCACAGUUUGCUGGUUUUAUGGAGCCCAGCGGUUUUCGGAACAAGUACAGAAAAUGCUGGGAUUUAGACCUGGGAUCUUUUGGAGGCUCUGCUGGACCUAUGUCAGCCCAAUUUUUAUACUCGGCAUCUUCCUGUUCGCUAUGAUUCAUUAUAAGGACUUAGAAUGGGAGGAUUACCAAUAUCCAAAGUGGUCCAUAACUGUUGGUUGGCUGUUAACAGUUUCGUCCUUGUCAUGUAUCCCGAUAUAUAUGAUAUAUCGCAUCAUAAUUACACCUGGAACCUUCACCCAGAGAGUGAUUGAUGCUUUCCAACCCGAGAAGCCCGGAGUAAAUCAAGAACAUGAGAGUCUACCAAUCAACGCCUGUUACACAAGUGUAUGAAGAAGCUACAUGGACUUCAUGUUGCUGUAUAAAAACUAGUGCUCUGCUACUUAGCCUACUCUGUCCUUGAAGUCAGGUACAAUUUAUGUCGGUGAAAUAUGCAUACAUUUCAUUUAUUUGUGUUUGUUAGGCUUAACCCGAUCAUGGAUAUAAAACUUUGAGUUGUUUUCUGUUUUCACAUACCAUGCCAUGUUGAACUAUACAACAGCUUUAAAUGCAGGUCGUUAUAUCAAAUGUUCAUUAGUUUAAUAAUAAAGUUGACAAUAUAUUGUGUAAAAUGUGUCACACCACACUGAUAUUAAUUUGCUUAAAGAACGUUUCGAAUUUUCUAAAUAUGCGAAGAACUUCUAUUCUUGGUCAUUUUUGUUUUUAUGCUUUUGAUACUUUAUGAUAAACGUACAAUAAAUGUUGGUUUCUUUUAUUAUUGUAUGAUAUACAUUGUUAAAAUCUAAGAGGUGGUAAAACAUUGUCAAAUUAAGUAGGUGUAUCAUUCCCAGUUAUCAUUACAAUUGUUAGUUUAGGAAAGUGCGUUACUUCCGGUUUUUUACCUCUGUUGUUUGAUGAAACAGGGUCAUCACAUCCGGAUUCUCACUACUACUAUUAGUUUAGGAAAGUAGAUUACUUCUGAUUUUCACUAUUGUUGUUGAAUUAGGUAGGUAUGUCGCUUCUAGUUUAUCAUCACUGUUGUUCCACUAGAUAGGUGCAUCACUUCCGAUUUAUCACCACUGUUGUUGGAUUAGAUAGGUGCAUCACUUCCGGUAUAUCACCACUGUUGCUGGAUUAGGUAGUGUGCCACUUUCGAUAUAUCACAACUGUUGUUGGAUUAGAUAGGUUUAUCAACACUGUUCUGGAUUAGGCAGUGUGCCACUUUCGAUAUAUCACCACUGUUGUUUGAUGAAGCGUUUGUUAUACCCGUUGUUUUCCCAUUACUGUUUAAAUGAGAGAGGCGUGUCACUCGGAAAACGCUAUUGCCAAUGGUGUGACUACAAAAAGGUGCCCCCCCCCCGUAUAAAAAUUAAUUUACAUUUAUUCCCCUUGUCGGCAAUUCUUAAGUUUUUCAGGCCCCUUUUGGCUCGAAUCUUCCUGCAAUUGCAGGGGCAUACUUACGCUGCUGGCUGUUGCUGUUGCGAAUUGAGAGUAUAAGUCAUUUUCGAUAUUAUCUUCAAUUUAAGCAAACAUUUUACUUCCGGUAACUUGCAUAUAAAUGUCACUUUCGUUGUGUGUUUAGAGAAAGUACAAAUGUCGUUCUUGGUUCAUGAGAGAUGAUACAAGAUGCCUCUUCUCUAUCACUGCUAUUGGGAUUAGGUGGGACAUUUCUUUCCUUUCCAGAGUUAAUAGGUUAAACAGAUGCAUCAUUUCUGGUGGAAAUCAUAUUUUGUAAAAUGUGCAAAUUAUGUCACUUUUGUCUUUAAUAGAAGUCUAACAUACGCAUGCCCUCUAGUAAGUAGAUGUAAUUGAAUCGUUAUCAAGAGAUCGUAUGCAGUAAUGAAGUUCAACAGUGGUAACACUAUAGUCAACAAUCAGGUCACAUGGUGGUAAUCAAGUUAAUCCCACUCUAGUAAGUAGUUAUAAUCGAAUCGUUAUCUCGCUGUAAUAUGCAGCAAUGAAGUUCAACAGUGGUAAAACUAUAGUCAACAAUCAGGUCACUUGGUGGUAAUCAAGUUAAUCACACUCUAGUAAGUAGUUAUAAUCGAAUCGUUAUCUCGCUGUAAUAUGCAGCAAUGAAGUUCAACAGUGGUAAAACUAUAGUCAACAAUCAGGUCACAUGGUGGUAAUCAAGUUAAUCCCACUCUAGUAAGUAGUUAUAAUCGAAUCGUUAUCUCGCUGUAAUAUGCAGUAAUGAAGUUCAACAGUGGUCAACAAUCAGGUCACAUGGUGGUAAUCAAGUUAAUCACACUCUAGUAAGUAGUUAUAAUCGAAUCGUUAUCUCGCUGUAAUAUGCAGCAAUGAAGUUCAACAGUGGUAAAACUAUAGUCAACAAUCAGGUCACAUGGUGGUAAUCAAGUUAAUCACACUCUAGUAAGUAGUUAUAAUCGAAUCGUUAUCUCGCGGUAAUAUGCAGUAAUGAAGUUCAACAGUGGUAACACUAUAGUCAACAAUCAGGUCACAUGGUGGUAAUCAAGUUAAUCACGCUGGUGAGUGAUCACAUAUCAGUUUACAACACAGUAUUAAGUUACUUAAUGGUCAUAAUGUCGUUCCUUAAGUAAAUAUUGCAGGUAACUGUAUCUCUGUAGCUAUGAGCUGCGAAAGUAGUAAACGAUUUGGAUUGAGAGUGUUUUGUUGUCAACAAUGUUUAAAUGUAUCAGUAAAAUUAAGUAUUUAAAACAAAUUAUUCAGUAAUGUUGCACAAUACAGGAAUUGUAUCACAGUUUUGAUUGUUUAUCUUUAUAAUAUUUACAUUUAAUAACUUUUGUAUGUCUUGAAGACAAACGUUUUCGUUUUUUACCAUGUAAUACGAUAAUUAGGAUAAUAUUCUUAUAACUAUGUUCUGGAGACAGAUGUUCUCAUUAUGAUAUUUACCAUACUCUACGAUAUCUACCAUAUUAUUUUAACAACUUUGUUCUGGAAAUAGAUGUUAUGUUGUCAUUAUAACAUUUACAAUGUUUUUCGUAUCUAGCAUACUAUUUAAUAACUUUUGUUUUGGAGACAGAUAUCGUCAUUAUAACAUUUACCAUGUUUUUGGUAUCUAGCAUACUAUUUAAUAACUUUUGUUUUGGAGACAGAUGUCGUCAUUAUAACAUUUACCAUGUUUUUUGGUAUUUAGCGUAAUAUUGUAAUAACUUUUGUUUUGGAGACAGAUGUCGUCAUUAUAACAUUUACCAUGUUUUUUGGUAUUUAGCGUAAUAUUGUAAUAACUUUUGUUUUGGAUACAGAUGUCGUCAUUAUAACAUUUACAAUGUUUUUCGUAUCUAGCAUACUAUUUAAUAACUUUUGUUUUGGAGACAGAUGUCGUCAUUAAAACAUUUACCAUGUUUUUUGGUAUUUAGCGUAAUAUUGUAAUAACUUGUUUUGGAGACAGAUGUCGUCAUUAUAACAUUUACCAUGUUUUAUGGUAUUUAGCGUAAUAUUGUAAUAACUUUCGUACGUUCUAGAGACUAAUGUCUCUGUUUAUUAUGCCCUACAAUAUUUAGUACAGCACGGAAGAAGCUAUUGGACGCACCCUAGACAAACCUUCUAAAACUAAUUAUGUUGUAUAAUGGAACAAAAAAUGUUUUCUUAUUACAAGUUUAUUUAAGUUAAUUAUACAAACUGUAACAAGAACAGUAAGUGAGGGUGAAUUGUUUUUGUCAACUGUUUCAAACCAGUUGGAUUGUAUAUCCACUUGUUUAAUUAUAUCUUAAGUCCAAACAGAUGUGUUAGAAGUUUAUUUUGUAUUUAAUACAAUACGUUAUUUC